AGCGCCGGUCAGUUCACGACGAGAAGUACCACCGCGAACCACGUCGACGGUCGUACCGCCGACUCCACCGUCGAAACAUCGCGAAUUACAGUACCGAAAAAUGUGCCGAAGUACCUCGAAAAAGUCGCGCAGUUCCCGGUAAUAAUGCGUAAUAAGUAAAACAUCUGUAAAGUUCCUAAUAAAGCAACAAAUGUUACAAGAAAAAGCACCAUGACAACCACUUCGUCGAUAUGGGUACUACUGUUCGGAGCAAUCUUCGGAGUACUGUCGGCAUCGCUCAGCAAAACCCUCCGUUACCAGGCUCCAGACGAGUGCAAGUGGGUGGUAGUUGACAGCAACUCAGAAGACGACGUAGCACUAGUUUGCCGGCUCAGAACCAUCAACAGCGAGCUGGAAAACACCAACUUCAGCGUCAUUCAACCCCACCACACCGUACGACUCAGACUGGAAUGCUCCGAUGAUCUCUUCUUCCAGAGUUCCUUAAGCGCCGGUAGCUUCAAACCUUUAAUCGAGCUCAAAGAACUCAGCAUCGAGUACUGCAAGAUCGGAAACCUCUCCGAAGGAGCUUUCAAAGGACUCAAAGAACUCAGAAACCUCACUCUAAAAACUCACAACACUGACUGGACCCUGGAUGUUUCCUCAAAUGCAUUCUCUGACGAACUCAGGCUCUUGGAACGUCUGGACUUAGGAGAAAACAACAUGUGGAGUCUACCAGAAGGUGUUCUGUGUCCACUACAUGCCCUGGAAGUGUUGAAUUUGACCAGGAACAGAUUACGGGAAGUGUUCAGUUUCGGAUUUUCGAGUGGUAUGCCGGAAAAGUGCGGGGUUAACCUCAAAAUUGCUGAUCUAUCGAGAAACAGGAUCGAAAAUUUACCGGCCGGUCAACUUUCUAGUCUAACUCACUUAGAAAAACUGUAUCUUCAAGGAAAUGGCCUAAACUCCUUAGCAGACCGUGCCCUCGAAGGACUGACAGCUUUACAUAUCCUAAAACUCUCCAAUAACCGUCUUGUAAACUUGCCUCCGGAGUUAUUCGCUGAUACACGCAAUUUACGCGAGUUAUACCUUCAAAACAACACCAUCAAUGUGCUGGCUCCAGGUUUGUUUGGAGAAUUAACCCAGCUUCUAGUUCUGGAUUUAUCACACAACGAGCUUACUGCUGAAUGGAUCAACGCUGCAACUUUUGCAGGUCUAGUCAGGCUGGUGGUACUCGAUCUAAGUCACAAUCACGUCGCAAAAUUGGAGCAAAACGUAUUUCGUGAUCUCUACAAUCUACAGAUUCUUCGACUAAAUGAUAACCUCAUUGAAACGCUUCCAGAAAAUACUUUUAGUGCUUUAGAAAACCUUCAUACUCUCAUAAUUUCUGCUAACCGACUAACAAGAGUUGAAGUUGAUACCCUCAACGGUUUGUCAUCUUUAUCACUGUUGUCUCUGGAUAAUAACAGAAUAUCCUGGGUCCAUCCGGAUGCUUUGAGAAACUGUUCAGGAUUACAAGACUUACACCUGAACGGAAACAAGCUUCUUCAAGUUCCUGACGUGAUACGUAGCGUUCCUUUACUCAAAACUCUGGAUCUAGGAGAAAAUCACAUUGACAUGGUUAAAAACGAGACAUUCUCUGGAUUGGUUCAGCUCUACGGACUAAGACUGACUGAAAACAAUAUCGGAAACCUCUCACGUGGAGCCUUUGAUCCGUUAACAGCCCUAAAAAUCUUAAACCUUUCCAGAAACAAGAUCCAAAAAGUUUCUCCUGGUGCGUUUGAUGGAAACACCAACAUCCAGGCUAUUAGACUUGAUGGUAAUCUUUUGGCAGACAUAGAGGGACUUUUUGCUAAACUACCCAGCUUAGUAUGGUUAAAUGUCUCAGAUAACAAGCUCAGAUGGUUCGAUUAUGCCCUUAUACCUACAGGACUUCAGUGGCUGGACAUUCACGCUAACCAAAUAGAAGAACUAGGAAAUUACUUCGAAAUAGAGAGUACCUUGAGUCUGAGUACUUUUGACGCGAGUUCUAAUCGUUUGACCGAGAUCACCGGUAGUGCUAUCCCGAACAGUGUUGAAGUGUUGUACCUCAAUGAUAACAGAAUAUCCAAAGUACAAUCUUACACGUUUUUCAAGAAGCCAAACUUGACUCGCGUGGACCUUUUCGGUAACCAGAUUACAAGCCUGGAUCCUAACGCGUUACGUAUUUCUUCAGUGCCUCCAGAACGUGAUCUACCAGAGUUCUACAUUGGAGGGAACCCGUACAGGUGUGAUUGUACAAUGGAAUGGUUACAGAAAGGCAACGCGGCUUCUAGGACUCGAACCCAACCUCGUUUAGUUGAUUUAGAGAGUAUUUUCUGUGAGUUACUCUAUAAUCGUGGUACUACUCAUGUUCCUUUGGUCGAAGCUGCUCCGUAUCAGUUCCUAUGCACCUACGAUUCUCACUGUUUUGCUUUAUGUCACUGUUGUGACUUUGACGCGUGUGACUGCGAGAUGACUUGCCCGGAUAAUUGCACUUGCUACCACGAUCAGAGUUGGAGUGCUAACGUCGUUGAUUGUAGUUCAGGAGGACAUGUUUCGCAUUUACCCAAUAAAAUACCUAUGGACGCUACACAACUGUACUUGGAUGGAAAUAAUUUGAGAACUUUAAAUAGCCACGCCUUCAUCGGAAGGAAAAAGUUAAGAAUAUUGUUCCUAAAUAAUUCAAAGGUCGAGAUAAUACAAAACCGAACUUUCCAUGGACUUAAAGAGCUGGAUACACUUCACUUAGAUGGAAAUAGACUCACAGAAAUCAAAGGUUUUGAGUUUGAAGGUCUGGAUUCUUUAAGAGAACUAUUUCUACAAAACAAUCGUAUUUCUUCCAUCGAGGGAUCAAGUUUUAAAGGGCUGAGACACUUACAGACGUUGCAUCUGGAUCAUAACAGGGUCACGGUGUUUGAUUUAUGGACUAUGCCGACUUCUUUGGUCGAGGUAACCGUAGCUUAUAAUCUGUGGUCUUGCGAAUGUGAAUUUGUCGAAAAACUACGCGAGUGGAUGGUGCGAGGUGAUGCAGUAAAAGACGUUUCAAAAGUUCGUUGUGUUUUUAACUCGACUGAAAGUUUCGGAGAGGAUGUUGGUAUGGAUUACUAUCACGAACAAGGUUUCUUAGUCACCCAACCCAACGGAACUAUGUGUACCGGCGCGACAAACAUCGAUAACAGCAUUAACGGAAAUCUGACAGCUACCAAGACGAUUAUCCAGAAGCAAGUGGUGGAAGACUACCUUCCCUUGUUAGUAGUGACUUUAGCAGUCUUUGCUGCUAUAGUUCUCUUGACUUUACUAGUCUUCGUGUUCAGGCAGGAAGUGCGCGUGUGGCUACACUCGAAAUUCGGUCUGAGACUGUUCCAAGGUACCAUCGACCUGGAUCGUGACGAACGCGAAAAACUCUUCGACGCUUUCGUGAGUUACAGUUCAAAAGACGAAGCCUGGGUGGCCGAAGUACUAGCCCCAGCACUAGAACCCCAAUAUAAACUGUGUUUACAUUACCGUGAUUUCCCGGUGGGUGCCUUCCUAGCCGAUAGUAUAGUGCAAGCAGUCGAAUCGUCGCGUCGUACCAUCAUGGUACUUUCCGAAAACUUUAUAAAAUCGGAGUGGUGUCGUUUCGAGUUCAAAUCGGCGCAUCAUCAAGUGCUUCGCGAUAGAAGACGUCGACUUAUAGUGGUACUACUCGGUGAGGUACCACAUAAAGACCUUGAUCCGGAUAUCCGGUUGUACCUCAAAACGAACUUUUAUUUACAGUGGGGUGACAAGUUGUUUUGGGAGAAAUUAAGGUACGCUCUACCCGAUGUACCCAACAAUCAACGAAGGGGUUCAACAAGGACCCCGCACGUGCACCACCACGUGCACAGGCACAGCGGCAGGGGUCAACCACCGAAUCCACCCGGAGGUGGUCAGCCAGGUACUAGGACUGUGGCCAUCCAUAUUUAAAGGUCAUUUUGUGAUAGUGUUGUACGUCCAGUGCAAUGUUUUAUAUAGCGCCCCAUAUAAUUUUUAUUUCAUUUGUGAUAAAAUAGUCAAAUUAUCUUUUUUUAAGUGAUACCUAUAAAAACGAUGACAUUCCUUAAUGACAGAGAGAGCUGAAAUCGUUGACGAAGUUUUUAAAACUAAUCCCGCUCUCUGUGUUUUAAAUUGUUAUUAUUUUUGUUGUAAAUAAUUGAUUUGUACAGUUUAUUUAGACGCCUUCAAAAGACUGUAACACUUUUAUACUAUUUUUAUUAUUAUUGUAAAUAUACACGUUUUCUAUUUUUUGAUAUUUAUUAUUGUAGCUAAUUAAAGAAAUUUGCGAAAAGCAACAACGAUGUACACUAAAAAAAAUGCCUUCUAGCCUGUGAAUAUAGACGUAAAUAAACAAUUUAUAAAA